AAAUGAUCCGAACUUCCCAUCACUAAACAUGAGAUCCAGGAGUGUUAUGACAAUCAGGUAAUAUGAAUUGAUGUGCAUCAUGCUGACUCAUACAGACAUCAAGAAUCAAUGUAUGAAUCACAACAAUGGUGACAGUUCCUUUGUUUUAAGGCUUAAUGCUGCAAUGCAUGCUGGGUACUAACUUAGUACAAACUUCAUUCAUGGCUCCCAGCAUGCAUUGCAACAUGUCACCAUUACUGUCACCAUUGUUUUCAUAUAGACAAAAGUCAUGUUAAAUUUACAUGAAGUCAUGUGACAAAAAGCAUAAAUACAACAUAUAAAAAUCAUGUUCAUUUCACAUACAUAAAUUAGAUGAGAAAACAUAAAAUAAAUAUAUAUAUAUAUAAAUUUUCAGUGCAGAACGCUCCCACAUGGUCCUCUCUUGGUCAUUUUAUAACUUUCCCAAAAUAACUUUAGGGGGACGUUCUAUUUUGGUUAUUUUAUGGUCUCGCGAGAACGUUACAAAGAGGACAUUUGGGAACGUCCUAUAGUAAUAGUCCCCUAAACAUUCCCAGAACGUCCUGAAUGUUUCCUGAAGGUCCACCAAAUAAUGUCCCCCAACCCUUAAAAAAACUCCAAAUCGUGACCGUCUCGGAACGUUCUGGGAAUGUUAUAGGCAACGUCCUUAACACCAGUGGGGACGUUCUGAGAACAUAAAAUUUCUAGCAGGGAUUACAACAUAAUUUAUUUAGUUUAUUAUCAAGAACUUAACAAAUAAUCUAAACCCUCAUUUAUAGUUCCACACAACGGACAUGAAGUAUCCUGACCUUUAAUGAGAACAAAACAUAGAGGAGUAAAACAAACAAAAUACAUACAUAUACAUGCAUGAGACAUAAGUUUAGAUUUUUUUUUUAUUCUUGUUUUUGCUACAUGAUACAUCCUGACAUUUCUUAAUAAUAUAUAUAAAAAUAAUAUUUUAUUUCAGUCAGAUUUUUGAAGAAACAACAAGAACACAUUAAAUUGAUCAAUGGUGACAGACAUUGUUGCAAAUUAUUUCUAUUGACUUUAUGCUACUGACAAAACCAGCUAUUAUUUUAACCACUCCCAUUUUUCAUAUUAGACAUGUUUUGCAUUAAUCAAAGUGAAUAGGCAUUAUGCACAGGCAUUCAUAAUCUCCCAAAGCAUUUUUCACAGCUGCAAGGACAUCAUGAAAAUGAGGAUUGCUACAAGAGUUGGUGUGUUAGUUAUUGGUGUUAUAGUUUACAGUCUUGUCUACAUGUCACUUAGACAAGAAAAAGUUAAUGAUAACAGGUUACAAAGGCCAGAAGAUCUAGAGGUUCUUAGAAGACUGAAGAGAAUAGAAGAUCAAGUUUAUAAAAUAUCUAAAUUCACAGAUGUCAAAAAUCAGCAAGUCAAAGAGCCUGUUGUGGAGCAGAAAAUUAAAAAGAAAAUUGAAGUUAAGAAGUUGUAUCCAAAGUCGCCUCUAUUCCGUUCAUGGGGAGCUGAACUCACAGGAGAGGAACAGAUGGAAGCAGAGAGACAGUUUCAGGAUUAUGGAUACAAUGUGUUCCUCAGUAACAGAUUACCAGUGAACAGAACAAUCCCUGAUACUCGAGACCACAGAUGUGCUGUGAAGAUCUACCCUAAGGACCUGCCGUCUAUUAGUGUGAUUCUGAUUUAUUUAAACGAGGCUCUGUCGAUCAUUAAAAGGGCAAUCCGCAGCAUCAUUGACAAAACACCUGCUCAUCUGCUAACAGAAAUCAUCCUGGUGGACGACUACAGCUUGAAUGAGGAUCUGCAGUUGCCUCUAGAUGAAUACAUUGGUCUAAUUAAUAAAGACAAACCUGGCUUAAUCAAGAAAGUGAGACACAAAAAGCAGAUGGGCCUUGCUAAGGCAAGAAUAUCAGGCUGGGAAGCGGCCACAGGCCAGGUGGUGGCUAUUCUGGAUGCCCACAUUGAGGUUCACAAGGAAUGGGCAGAGCCACUGCUUGCAAGAAUCAAAACAGACAGAACAAUAGUGCUGUCGCCAGUGUUUGACAAAGUGCUUUUUGACACACUGGAGGUUGUUAAGUAUAUUCCCGCUGCUCAUGCAUUUGACUGGAACCUUUGGUGCAUGUACGAAUCUUUCCGGCCAGAAUGGUACAAAAUGAAGGACCCAUCAGAACCAGGGAAGAGUCCCUCAAUCAUGGGUAUCCUUGUCGCUGAUCGUCAAUUCCUGGGAGAAAUUGGAGUUUUGGAUGAAGGAAUGACAAUUUAUGGGGGUGAAAAUGUUGAACUAGGAAUACGUGUCUGGCUCUGUGGUGGGAGUAUUGAAGUGGUGCCAUGUUCAAAGAUUGCUCACAUUGAAAGAGCACAUAAGCCUUAUUCACCGGAUCUCAGCAAAGUCAUGAUUCGAAAUGCUCUGAGAGUAGCUGAAAUCUGGCUGGAUGAAUAUAAAUCAAAUGUGAAUAUUGCCUGGAAUCUUCCUCUAAAGGAUCAUGGGAUUGAUAUUGGUGAUGUGACUGAAAGAAAACAGUUCCGAGAGAAACUCAAAUGUAAGCCUUUCAAAUGGUAUCUGGAAAAUGUUUAUCCUCAGCUAGAAAGCUGGGAAGAUAUAAUGGGUUAUGGUGCGUUGAAGAAUGAUUUUCAAGAAAAAUACUGUAUUGAUCAAGGACCUGUUCCUGGAAGUGUACCUAUUCUCUAUGAGUGUCAUUACUAUAAGCCUCAGUAUUGUUACUACAAUCGUAAUGGAGAGAUCUACAUUGGAGGCAUCAAAUCUCACAAGUAUAACUCCAACCGUUGUCUAACGGAUCCCGGUAGUGGAAGCACACCAGGGUUACAUGACUGUAAACAAGCCAAGGAGAAAGGAUUGAGUAUAUACUGGGACUUCACUCAGGGAAAUGCAAUAAGAAAUAGAAAAACAAACCGAUGUCUUGAGAUUGGCCAAGGACAGGAUUCCUACUAUCAUCUCAUUUUGCAAACAUGCACAGGACAAAACUGGACAAUACAACAUGUCAUCAAAGACUUUUAAAUGGAACUUUAACCGAAGUGAAAACAUUAUAAAAGGAAUCAAUGUAAAACAAAACAGAUCAAGGGAUAAAAUAAUCUAGAGGGCUACUUGUUUGUUAUACUCAAAAAUAUUAAUUAUAAAUAUAACAUAAUGGUGGUGCUUUUUUACCCUUACUUUUCUUUUAAUCAUCAUAUGCGAAAUAAUAAAAUAACUUGAU